UCUCUCCUGCUAGUCUGCGGACAGGCUCAAAACGCGGCCAAAGUGUACCGCUCCGGUUCAGGCGCUGAAUUCUGCUUCAUCCGCCGUCUGCAGCCAUACGCUCAACGCACUCUUACCAAGGCGCAAACUGAGAACGCCAUGAUCUAUCAUCAGAAGGCACUAAACACUAUGCCACAGCUGCAGUUGAAGGCGAGCUUUGGCAUUGCUACACCGGAACUACCUCAGGGCCUCACUCUAACUGCUGAUGAGUCGUGGCAAGAGGCGAUGUCUGGUUUCGAUCCUUCGAAGGUGGCCAAGUGGAUGACGCAGAAGGAUUACAACUCGAAUCAGAAGGAGGCGGAAAAGUUGCAUUCAAUUCCCGAGACUCCCAUCUACCAGGGUGACAAGGAUCCUAACAAUGCAAGCGGAUGUGUUCUCUCUUGA